UUAGGUCACUUUUCUUCAAUUAUCGUUCUAUUAUUAGCUCAUGUCAAGGAUGCCUACAUGCAUAGCACUGAAAACAAUUCACCAUUUAUGUCUUAAAACACGAGACACACACAGCUUUUCUUCUGAUACUCCGUAACACUGUAUUUAAAAAAUCGACUGGCAUCAAUCCAGUUCUUAUACAGACUUUUCACAUAAUAAAACAGAUUUUAUAUCACUUCUGUAUAACAUCACCAGUUCAAACAAUCCAAUAGGUCGAAUGAUUUUUUAAAUUAAAAUUACUAUCAAGGAGUUAAUAAUUUACCAGUACAAAAUAUAUCGAAUGCCAAAACCUCGAUUAAAAUCAGGUGAAUUACACAAAAAUACAUCGUUAAUUUUAAUUCCUCUCCACGGGCAAUUCAAUUAAAGAAAGCAUGGAGGGAAAGAAGCAGCCAUCAGUGCUGUUUAGCUUUCUUUCUACAACGAGGAGUAUUGAGAUUGCGGAAAGGAUUCAGCUACAGGCGCAGUUCAUUUCCCGGGCUCAGGGUAGCAGACGAUCCGGGUAGCGGCAGCUAGAAAGACAAGCUAGUGUUAUUCUAAGCCGCCGGGUCAACCUACGGCGACAAUAGCCGCCGAGAGUCCAGUUUUAUGUAAAUCACUGUCAGCACCGGGCGUGGUGGGUGCUUCAGGACGCCCGGCGGGCCUGGCCUUCCAGAAACCCGAGGCCUCACUACCCUGCAACACUCUAGGAGUAACGACUUUCGUGGUUCUCUUGCUUUUCAAGUGAAAAAUCGUUAGGGAAGGGCCUCGGUUGCAUCAAUUAGUUUGCACAAAGUGCUUCGGUGUUUAGCUUCGCUUUAACCCAAUUAAGCCGCACAGCGAGCCCAGAAAGAUGCGCCACCUGCGCCAGGCUGCAGUCGGCGGCCAUGGUAUCUUGAAUCCCACUGUCGGACAUAGGGAACUACUAGGGCCUCGGCAUUGGAGCUACCUCGAGCCCCAUAGGCGGGGUGAGGCAUCCGGCGCGCGAUCUCCCAGGAAGGUCAGGGCCAAGUAUCCCUGGGUUGCAAUGAAGCCCGAGAACAGGUCACACUAGGACCGAGCCACUCGAGGGCGGGGAGGCGGCGAGAGCAGAGUGGUACAAGGACACCGAGUGUGGUUUGCAGCACUGGAGGAGAGUGGGGACACCCAGACACCCAGACAGCUUUACAGUUAGCCUGAGAACAGAUGAACCAAGGAAGAGAGCUGGGGAAGGCGCAAAGGCCGCGGGGAGAGGUUGUCUGCCGCACCCCACCCUGAUGACCCGCGCGUCCCCAGCAGCCGCUCCUUGCAGCACAGUUCUUUCUUGUUGGUCUGGCGCUCUGGGUUGCCUCCUCCACCGCCUCUUCAGAGCUGCCAAAAGGUAGCAGUGCGUUCACCCGCGACGCCUGCAAACUGGGGAGGGGUUUUGAGAGUCCCUAGUCCACCCUCCCGAGGGAACACAAUGUCUUGGGGGAAUGGAAUAGACGGCCAUCGUAAGCCCCAAAUGUUACGCACUAAUUUAAUCUAAAUCGGAAUCUAUCACUCUUGGGUAACAAGAAACUACAUUAGAGGUGGCCCCGUGAUGCUUAAAAGUUGGGAGUCCUCAACAGGAGUCCAUUAAAAGUGCUUACACAGGUGCUCCUGUAGCCUUACACUGGAAAUUCUCUUAAUAGGAAACAAACAGACCUCCGCACUAAAGGCAGGCAACUGAAAACUACGCAAGCCCUAGCCACUCAUUCUUUAGUUCAUGUGCACUGAGGGCUCAUCUGGUGAUGGUCUGGGAAGGAGGAGGAGCUCCCUAAAACACCUCCUUAGGGUUCCAAAAUUUAGAAAGGUUCAUGUCUUUGAAAAUUUCCAGAAUGAAACAAAUUAAAACAAACAAACAGACAAACCCAAACCUGAAUGGUUACAAAUUAAUUUUUGAAGACGUUGGCCAUCUUCCCAUAAGCAAAUUAUGAAAUCCCAUAAGAUUAGGAACCUACUGUUGGCCACCACUAAGGAUACCUGAAAUGGGAGAUCUGUCUUUAAGCCUGCAGGAGCAGCCAAGGCUGAACGCCACACCUUCAAGUUCUCAGUGUAAAGCCCACUUCUGUGAAUCUUCUAGGGCCUUCUGUCCAAUACAGCCCAUCUAAAUCCCAGAGAUCUUGUGGGAAGUACUCCCGAAAGAGCAUACAGCCCUCACUGCUGUUUGUUAUUUUAGCACUGGCCAGCCUACCUACAGACACAGGGAACUGCAGACAGGUGAACUUGUUCUAAUCACCCCUCUUUUAACUGGGUAGAUAAUAUCUACCGCACUCUGCAGUAAUUUUCAGAUUCCUCUCAGCGAAUGAAAAGGGGGAAACCUAGGUAAAAAGAGAACAGGUUCUGCCUAAGGUUUGGAAAAGUGUUCUGAUUGGGAACACCCAACAUGGAGAAAAACUGGAGGACUUCUCCGUCUGAAGCCAUCAGUCUGUUAAGAAGCAAACUUCUAACUUGCAUUCAGAAGACCCCAAGGAUUAACGGGUAUUAAUUACCUUACUCUAAAUGCAAGUUAGUGACUUUCUUCUAGAAAGCCCCGUUGACUUCACUAAUUGGAGGAUGACCAUUCGCCCACCUGGAUAGCUCAUCGGAGGUGAACAGACAAGCAGGCUUUACAGCACAGAGAGCCACUUCUCUUAGCCAAGUCUUUUCCAAGUGUAAAUAUGCUUCAAGUUAUACCAAAGCCAGAUUUCCUCUUGCUUUCCAACCUGUCUAGGUGGCCUGGAUGGUUUUCUGCCGGCAGCAGCUUCCUACCUUUGGUUUCUGUGCCUCUAUCCACGAGGGGGGAUUAAUUAGCCGGGCUGAAGCUGGGGGAGGCUGUCGUGACGAGCCCAGUGGCGAUUGGCCGCCCGCCUGCCUGGCCCUGCCUUUAUAAUUUCCACACGAGUGCAUCUGGGCUUUUACACAAACCAACAGCAGCUUCUUCUGACAGACACACACUCACCCGGACACACACUCGGCACAUUUUUUCCUCCGUCUGAUUAACAGUCCUGCACACACAAUGAUUACGGGAAAACGUAAAUAAAUACGGAAAGGGGUGACUAUUUUGACUACUGGAAGAGCUUUGCUGGGAUUCAGCGCAACUUUUGUUUUUAUUGAGAAGGUGCUCUCUCCAAGCGUCUCUCUCAGACACGGAUUCUUUAACGGAGGAGAGAGGGGGAGAGUGCAGCCUUUCACUUUAAGACCGGCUAGGCUCGCGGAUAAAAGGCCGGCAGGGCAGGGCGGCCCCCACUGCAGCCUGUCCGAGAGAGAGGCUCGGUGCCUUUUGCGCGUGGCCCCCUUUCACCACCGAAGUUGGCUCCAGCGCUAGCAGCCGCAUUGGAUCCCACAGCUUAUUGUGAGACUCCGGUGUACAAUCCGGAUCUCUGCCCCAACAUGAUCGCGGCCCAGGCCAAGCUGGUCUACCACCUGAAUAAGUACUACAACGAGAAAUGCCAGGCCAGGAAAGCUGCCAUCGCCAAAACCAUCCGGGAAGUCUGCAAAGUGGUCUCCGACGUCCUGAAGGAGGUGGAGGUGCAGGAACCGCGCUUCAUCAGCUCCCUCAACGAGAUGGACAACCGCUAUGAGGGCCUGGAGGUCAUCUCUCCCACCGAGUUCGAGGUGGUACUCUAUCUGAACCAGAUGGGGGUGUUUAACUUCGUGGACGACGGCUCACUGCCUGGCUGCGCGGUGCUGAAGCUGAGCGACGGGCGCAAGAGGAGCAUGUCCCUCUGGGUGGAAUUCAUCACCGCCUCUGGCUACCUCUCGGCACGCAAAAUCCGCUCCAGGUUUCAGACGCUGGUGGCUCAGGCGGUGGACAAGUGUAGCUACAGGGAUGUAGUAAAGAUGGUGGCUGACACGAGCGAAGUGAAACUGAGAAUCCGCGAUAGGUACGUGGUGCAGAUCACCCCGGCCUUUAAAUGCACCGGGAUCUGGCCGCGGAGUGCUGCCCACUGGCCGCUUCCCCACAUCCCCUGGCCAGGACCCAACCGCGUGGCAGAGGUCAAGGCCGAGGGGUUCAAUCUGUUGUCCAAGGAGUGCCACUCCCUGGCCGGCAAGCAGAGCUCCGCGGAGAGCGACGCUUGGGUGCUGCAGUUUGCAGAGGCUGAGAACAGACUGCAAAUGGGGGGCUGCAGGAAGAAAUGUCUCUCUAUCCUGAAAACCCUCCGCGACCGCCACCUGGAGUUGCCAGGCCAGCCCCUCAACAACUACCACAUGAAGACUCUGGUGUCUUACGAGUGUGAGAAGCAUCCCCGGGAGUCGGACUGGGACGAAUCUUGCCUGGGCGACCGGCUGAACGGAAUUCUGCUGCAGCUCAUCUCAUGCCUGCAGUGUCGGCGGUGUCCCCACUACUUCUUACCGAACUUAGAUCUGUUUCAAGGCAAACCGCACUCGGCUCUGGAAAACGCUGCUAAACAAACGUGGCGACUGGCAAGAGAGAUCCUGACCAACCCCAAAAGUUUGGAAAAACUCUAGAGGAUGAUCUAAUCCAGGGCCGACAAGAUCACUCUUCUCAAAGUCCCGACGAAAUGAAAACUUCCUGGUUGAUUCCUAUUUAGUAUUUCCUGAGACAGUGCAAACAGUCUCUUCCUUCAGAAGGAGUAACAGCACAACAUUCAUGCAUCAUCUCACACACCCCUAAGAGGAGGGAAUGGAGUAGGGAAACACAGGGGGAAACCUACACCCACAAGUAUCUUUAAGCAGGCAUCUCCCAUCUCCCCUGAAAAGUAAGUACACAAAACCCGAAAACAGCAGGGCAACAAUGCAAGACCGUGGCCAACUCCAUCAAAGGAUUA